AUGAGUGAUGGGUCUUGUUUUAGGUAUGGUUCUCAAGAUUACUUUAUCAAGGACUGCCCUGAGAUGAUGGAUAAAGAAAAAUUUCAAAGUACAAGAUCAAGCGGCACAAAUUUUGAGGGAAGGCCUCAGAAGAAUGUUAGAUCUAGGACUGGCAGUAAAAAUGUAACUAGAGACACCACCGUAAGGACUGAAGCUAGGGCUCCAACUAGGACCUAUGCUAUACGUGCGUGUGAAGAUGUGUCCUCUUCUGAUGUGAUCACUGUAGACUGUAGACAAAAGGCUAUUAAAUUGAAAUGCGAAAAUGGUGAAACCCUUUGGAUUGAAUCAAGUGAAUCGGGGAAUUUGCCUAUUGUAAUAUCUGCGAUAUCUACCCAGAAAUGUUUGAGGAAAGGAUGCGAAGCUUAUUUGGCUUUUGUAAUGAAUAUAAAGGAAUCGAAAUUGAAGGUUGAGUCAGUGCCGGUUGUAAGUGAAUAUGUAGAUGUAUUUCCGGAAGAAUUACCUGGGUUACCCCCUGAUAGAGAGGUUGAAUUUGGUAUAGAGCUAAUGCUAGGGACCACGCCUAUUUCGAUUACUCCGUAUCAGAUGGCUCCAACUGAGUUGAAAGAACUAAAGUCACAAGACAAGGUAGAACAUGCUGAACACUUGAGAAUAGUUUUGCAGACUCUGAGAGAUAAUCAGUUGGUUGAUGCCAACAAGGUUUCUGCUAUUUUUGAAUGGAAGCCACCGAGUAAUGUGACUGAAGUUAGAAGCUUUUUAGGGUUGGUCGAUUAUUACAGGCGAUUUGUGAAGGACUUCUCUAUGAUUGCGACUCCCUUGAUGAGACUGCUACAAAAAGGAGAUUACCAUCCGGGGAAAGCGAACAUGGUCGCCAAUGCAUUAAGUAGAAAAUCAUUAUUUGCAUUGAGAGCAAUGAAUGCCCGAUUGACCUUGUCAAAGGAUAGUUCAGUUCUAGUAGAGUUAAAAGCUAGACCGUCAUUCCUUCAAGAAAUUUGCGAAGCUCAGAAGAAUGACAGUGAAUUACUAUCCAAGAAAACCCAUUGUGAAUCAGAUGUUGGACCGGAUUUUCAGAUUGGUUCUGAUGGUUGCUUGAGAUUUUGA